AAUUCAAAAGUUUCGCCAGGUUCAGACUUGCAAAAAUACGAAGUCUCUAAGCGCAGCCGUUUGCAAUAUUUUUGUCGGUAGAAAUCCUUCUUUUACGAGAAAUAUUCAAAUAUUGAAAAAUUUCUCUUAUGCUUAAUAUGUGAGAGAAAUUAUUCGUCAACAAAUUAUGGACGUUUUGAUGGAAAAACGAAAACAAUGUGAGAAACUUUUGAGCAGACUCGUCGUCGCCGGACAAGAAACGGCGGAUUCUCUACAAGAUAUUCACAAACUACUCCGCAGUAACCGGAAGAAGAUUUUAGCCGAUUCAAAAGACAACUACCCCACUGUGUCCAGUUAUAAUCAUGCUGCAGAAAUAAGCAGUAUAACAUCACCUGGGUAUUGUGACAAAAGACGAGCCCAUAAAACAGCUGCAAACAGAGAAAAUAUCUCUUUUGAGAAACCAUUGUGCAAUCAUUUAGAAAGUUCACCAGUCAGAGUCUUCAAGUCUUUGUAUGAUGGAGGAAAUAAAUGCUUCGACAGUAGCAGUGCCCUGCUCACAACUGGCUUCUUUGAUGAUAUCCAUAGUGUUAGUGUUGGAGCUGACGAGGAUGCUGUGCUCUUCGAUGAUUAUGAGAAAGCCAAAGAUAAGGUCGAUGAUGCCACUAGCUGGGAUAUUCCAAAAGAAGAAACUAAUGUUUGUGAGAUAGGCAUGGGGGGUGAUAUUGCUAUUGACAAUGCCGAUGGUCAAUUGGUUUGUGAUGAUGAAAUUGAUGUAACUGAUGGUGGAGAUAGUUUUUUCAUUGAUUACUUCAUUGGGAGUGGUGAUAAUGUUGAUGAUGAUGAUAUUGUCGCUAGCAAAUUUUCUUUGGAAAACCAUAGACUUGAUCAGUUCGUACCUGUUGAGCCCCCAUCCAUAAGCCCUUAUCUGAACAAUGAUGAAUUAAAUUGUCGGACACCAAAUGCCACAAGCAAAGCAACAUAUCCACAAACUCCAAAAUCUCAAAACCAUCAUCUUCAGAUCACCAAGGAUAAGUUCUUAGAAGAGUCGACAAAGGAGGAACAUGAACCUAGAAGUCCACUCAGAAUUUUGUGUUCUGAUAACUGGGCAAGCCAGUGGCGUAAUAGUUUUACCAUUGAUAACGAUGAUAGUGACUUACAGUUGAGUGAUAAUGAUCUGAGUGAUAGCUGGAAGCUUGAAGACAGAAGCAGCAGCCAUCUUAAUGCCAGCGCUGAAGAAAACCAAAUGAAACUACACAACAAGAUCUUGGACAGCUCACAAGAAGGUGCUGGGAAAAAGGAAGAGGUUGAAGAUCCUGGUACAGUGGAAAUUCGUCAGUAUUCUUCUCAACUCAAUGACAGUGGAAACCUGAAGAAACCCAGUAGAGUUUCUGUUGGUAUCAAAAGACAUUCGAAAGUCGGUAAAGAAAAUAUCUGCAGAGAUGCACCAAAAUCUGCAUUCAAGAGCCAGAAAGAGAAACUGCUUGGAUACGAUUGGAUUGCUGGUAUCCUAGACAACCGUCAGCAUCACUCUACAACACACUUGUCCAACGAGCACUUUGACAAGCUGAAGUCCUUCUGGAAGGAAUCUCAAGACAGAAGAUUGACGGAUGUCAACCAGCUGGAGAACUUUGUGGAUGCAUCACAUGAACCCCAGUUGAUACAAGAUAUACUGACUGAGUCUAAAAUCAAAUCAUACCAUGUUAAUGAUCGGUUAUUCUCGGAACCAAUGAAGAAAAAGUCUUUCUUAACUUCUGAGUCAUCUGAAGUCAAUAACAGUCGAAGCAGUGCUGAGAGGAAACCCACGUUUUCAUCCCCAAGAUAUGUCAGAAUAAGCAUGCCACAAGAUCUGUUGUUGACCAAACGCCAAGUCAAUAAAGCUCCUCGAAAGGGCACUUGUGAUACCACUGACACUCUGUCACUUGGAAAGCACUGUGUAAUGGGAUGGAACAACACCCAACAUGGCAAGCUGGCCACAGCUUCUAGCAUCAGCAUCAAACAUGCUUCGGGUGGCAGAGCGAAAGAGACACUGACAAUGGAGGAGGCAGAAAAUUUAGCAGCUGGAACUUCGUCUCUCUUUCAAAUGGACAGUGGUAUUCAACACCUCAGCCAAAGGCCAGCAGACCAUCGGUUGUUCACUGCUGCCUCUAGAGGAAAACGCCAGAAUGAAAGCUCAAAAGAACCGCAAAUGCCAUUGCAUCAGUCUGAGCCAGCAAACUGUGAUAGACACAACCAAGAGACUUUCAGCUCAUUUCUGCAGAACGUUACCAAUACUGCUUCAACUUCUCCCGUUACUGGACAUUCAUCUCGCCACUCCUCUGGUAAAACAAGUACACUGUCCACCAGUGAACUGUUGGACAGUACCUACUCUCUCAUCAAGCAUUUAGAUCAGCUGAAGGCAAAAUAUGAAAAAAAGAAACUGAUCCGACAACAACAGCUCCAAGGCAUGAUUACGUAGCAAUGCUAAAUGAAAAGUCACUCUGACCAUCUUGAUUCAGCCUUUUUAAAAAUUUUUUGUACUUCUUUGAAGAUGUUUCCAUUGUUUGUCUCGUUAUUCUUACCCCUUAAAUCCCCAAUCAAGCAAACCUUUAUGAUGAAAGGUGUUCCAACCUUGACCAUCCUGUCUGUUUUGUUUUAAGUUUCUCUUGUAUUAUCAGGUAUGUUCUUCCUUUUUGUUAAGUGGUAGUUUGUGAUGUGAUUUGAGGGAGAUUUCAUUGCUAUUUCACAUCAGAUAAUGAUGCAGGAGGGAGUAGGGACAUCACCCAUUAGCUUAUGUUGUUGUUGUUGCAAAUGUAAUGUCCGUGAAAUAAUUGUGUCAAUGGUUAGAGCGUUGGGCUCUCGAUCAUGAGGUAGUGAGUUCAAUUCCCGGACCAGGUUAUGUUGUGUUCUUGAGCAAGACACUUUAUUUCUCGCUGCUCCAGUUCACUCAGCUGUAGAAAU